CGUGAACUUUGCAAAGUCAAGCCAUACUUCCAAAGGUCUAGGCAGAGAGCUAUUCUCACCAUGUUCUAUCUCGUUGGAUUGGGUCUGUGCGAUGAAAAAGACGUCACAGUGCGAGGCUUGGAGGUGGUCAAACGUUCUUCGAGAGUAUAUCUCGAGGCGUACACCAGUAUAUUGAUGGUGCAGAAGGAACGAUUGGAAGCAUUUUACGGCAAAGAACUGAUCCUCGCCGAUCGCGACAUGGUCGAGACCGAAAGCGACGCAAUUCUACGAGACGCAGACAAGGAAGACGUAUCCUUGCUCGUCGUCGGCGAUCCCUUUGGGGCCACUACGCACACCGACAUCAUCAUCCGAGCGCGCUCGCUCAAAAUACCGACGCGCGUGAUACACAACGCGUCGAUCAUGAACGCUGUAGGGGCUUGCGGUCUGCAGCUGUACAACUUUGGGCAGACCGUGUCCCUCGUAUUCUUCACCGAGACAUGGAAGCCGGACAGUUUCUACGACCGCAUCAAGGAAAAUAUGGGUCUGGGCAUGCACACUCUCGUGCUGCUCGACAUCAAGAUAAAGGAACAGAGCGAAGAGAACCUAGCCAGGGGACGCAAGAUCUACGAGCCACCGAGAUACAUGUCCAUCCCUCAAGCCGUCUCACAAAUCACUGAGAUUGAAUCGCUCCGCGGAGAGGGUAUACUUCGGCCAGAAGCAACACUCGCCAUCGCGCUAUCGAGAGUCGGCGGAGAAGACCAUCAGCGCAUCGUCUGCGGAACGCUCGAGGAGCUUCUCGCGCAGCCGGCGGAGGUCUUCGGGGAGCCGCUGCACAGCUUGGUCAUUGUCGGGAAGCGGCUGCACCAUCUGGAGGUCGAGUACGCGGAGGAGUAUGCGGUCAGCAAGGAGACAUGGAGGAGUGUCGCACAGUCUGUCUACGGAUGUGCGCUUGAUCAGUGAUUAUGGUCGACCCGUAUUUGGAUGUCCUGUGCGACGAACCGCCAUCCGGCGACAAACAUGAUCAGAAGG